UUGAAGAAUUACUGCUUUACAUUCGCGCAAGGUUCCUUAAGCAAUGCUAGCCUGUGAAUGACUUCCAGUUGAAUUCAAGAUGUCCUUAAAGAGGCUCAUUCAGCAGAACCGCAACGCCAACUGCGUGGGCUCAAUUUACACCCAGUACUUGGACCCAAUAGGUAACCCACCACUGGACAACAAGAGGAGCCAGUCAUUCACAAAUUCAAUAGACACUUUGUCUAGGGACUACAAGCAGCUUGCUUUAAGUAGGACAAUCUCUUCAGGUGAUUCUGUUGGCCCUCAAAGAAAGUCACUUAAAAUCUUUAAAGAAGAUAAUGAAACAUUUGGAUUUGAAAUGCAGACUCUUCGAUUGCAGCACCACAUCAGUCACUCCUUGGAAACUUGCACGUACAUCUGCAAAGUUAAAGAAGGAAGCCCCGCCUCUCUUGCCGGACUCCAAAGUGGUUAUAUUUUGACCAAUAUCAACGGAAUGAGCACCGAAGGACUUGCUCAUAAGCAAAUGGUGGACUUGAUCAAGUCAUCAGGGAACUUUCUGAGGUUAGAUACUGUGAAUGAAUCCUUGAUAAUGAAGCGGGUGGAACUGGAAACUAAGCUGCGGUUCUUGAAGAAAACCCUGCAAGAAAAAUUGCUGGAGUUCCAGUCACUGUGCUUACGAGAACACCACCUUGCUGAUGGGGAAAUGUGCUCCCCACUUGAAUUUGUGGGAAUGGAAGAAUCUAACUUAUUUGGCGAGUAUGCUGGAUCAGGGUCAGCUUUGGCAAACAAACCCCGAUUUCCCAGCGAAAGCAGCUGUUUAAGCCGCCUGAGCUCAAUGACUGUGGACAGUGAGGACAGCUUCUACCAAGCCUGUGAUUCUGAGGAUCCUGCUAGUGGGACUUUUAGCCGGCAGUCAAGCACAGAAGAUGACUGCUUCCUCUCAAGGGACAGUGAUGUUGCCUUUGUGAAGAGUUCUCUGAGAAGGCACAGAAGCAUCAGUGUGACUAGCAACGGGUCGGCAUCUCCCUCUUGGGAUGGAAGCAACGUCUCAAACAUAUUUGGGACCCUCCCGCGGAAAAGCCGAAAGGGAAGUGUUCGAAAGAGGCUGCUGAAAUUCAUCCCUGGCCUUUACCGAGCUGUAGAAGAGGAAGAAAGCCGUGUCUGACAACAACUGAAGUGGGCUAGGAACCUGCAUCCUUCAGUGAAUAUCUGGGCAACAACCUGCAGCUUUCAAACCAUUCAGACACAAGUGCAGGUCCUACGUCAGGGACAAAAUACAAUUCCCAUCAUCCCUGAUCACUGGCCAUGCUGGCAGAGGCUAAUGGGAACUGGAGUCUAAAG